GAAAUUCAAUUUUCAAUCAAAACUUUAAACAAUGAAUUCAUUCGUUGCUUUAGUAGCCGUAGUCUGUAUGUGUGGACAGGCAUAUGGGGGGUGGACUGAGGUCUGGAGGGAUGACUUCAACGGCAAUUCACUGGAUCAGAAUAACUGGAAACUCGAAACGGGAACUGGACAAAAUGGUUGGGGCAAUGGGGAAAUGGAGUACUACACGAAUGGCCAGAACCUACAGGUGCAGAAUGGAGUGCUCACUAUCACCGCCAGAGUAGAAGACGUGGAAAACAGUCACUUCACGUCCUCCAGACUGAACUCGAAGAAUGCCUGGGCUUACGGCAAGUUUGAGGCCAGGGCUCGACUGCCCAAAGGCAAGAACCUGUGGCCAGCCAUCUGGCUCUUCCCGCAAAGCAAUACCUACGGGGGCUGGUAUGCAGUCAUAUAG